UAUUUCUGCUCAAAGCCCAUAUCAAUUCAGAGAGCCACAUUUCAAGUAUUCAACAGCCCCAUUUGCCUAGUGGCUACUGUAUUGGACAGAGCAGCCCUAAGGAUUAAGACUGCAAAAGAUGCUGAAAGGCAUCUUCUCUAUUUAUAUGAAAGUGAUUAAGCAACCAGUCUGAAUUUUUAGUACAUCCUUCACCCUCCCCCCAUCCUUUGUUCUCCUAAUACAAGUGUAUUAUAACUUCAAUUGAUCCCACCUACUGAUGUAGACUAAUCUUCCUAAAGCAGUUUUGUUUGGAUUCUUUCCUGGAGAGGAUGUUGCUGCCAAAGACGACUUUUAGGAGGAGGUGAAGUUAAGCGGAAACUUGGAAGGUGGGCAGCAAUUAGCCAGAGGUCAGAGGGAACUGUGUGAUUGAGGAUGUGGCUGCAGUGUACAGGCUGAGAGUCAAGCAGACCUCAGAUCCUACAGAGACGUAUAGGUCCUGCUGAGAACCUGAAAUGGAUUCUGAAGAUAAUGGAGUCAUCAAACAUAUGCAGUAGAGAGUAUGGGGGAGAGGCAGGAUUUGAGGCAAGGAAACUAGUUUGAAGGAAAGUGCAAGAUCCAGGUUAAACAUAAAUGAGGGCCUAAGCUAAGGCAAUGCAUGCGUUCAUUAAUUAAUUCACUCUACGAAUACUUAUUGUCUACUGUGUGAGAAUUGAUGUCUCAGGUACUGGAGGUUAAGUAGGAAAAAAAGCACGCAAAACCCUCUGCCCUCACAGAACUUCAACAUUCUGUGGGGAAAGGAGGUGGAUGGUGAUGAACACGGGUGAUCCUCAAGUUUCAGGUCUUGCUUGGUGAAUGAUGGGACCAUUUUCUGAAAUAGACAUUCCAAGAGGCAGAACAGGCUUGGGGAGAAAUGAUUGGUUCAACUUUAUCUAUUUCGCAAAGGUUUGGAUGUUUGGCGGAUACUCAAGUGGAACCACCCAGCAAGCUGUUGGAUAUGCAUAUUUGGAGAAUUCUGGAAUAGAUGUGGGAGCCAUGGCAUAUCAAUUGUAUAAAAUUCCUGGAAGUGAAUGAGAUAACCCUGGGAGGAUGUAUGGAAGCAAGAGUCACAACUCAAAUGAUUACAGGACUCAGGUGAGUCAUGAAUAUAUGUGAAUUGGGACAUAUGUUAAAUAGAGUGUUGUUUUUGUGGCUAAACAGAAAGAGUAUAUUCUGUCUAAGGCAGCAAGAUUUGGCUGGUAGGCCACCAGUUUGCAAUUCCUAUACUUUUGGAACUUCUUUCUAUGCCUCUUGUCUUACUUUUCAAAUAAAUAUUUUUAUGGUAGGCAGCUAGCCGUUCAUGAUAACCCAUUUCCUCUUCUGAGGCACUCAUUGCAGUUUCUAGCUUCCUUGCCAUUACCAGUGGCCAUGACUGGGUUCUAGUCAAUGGGAUAUGAGCUCAAUUUCCAGCCAACGCCUUGAAGAAGAGGGUGUGACCCUCCAUACUCUCUCCUCUUCCUCUGGCUCUAUGUACAUGAUGAUGAAGUCUAGAGGAUUUUGGAGUCACGAGAUGGAAGGAACCAGGGUUUCUGUAUCUUUAUCUGGAAUAAGGUCACCUCCCAACCAGGACAUCUUCUUUUGACUAUUAUCUGAGUGAAAAAUAAACCUUUGUUACUUUUGAGCCACUAUACACAUUUGGCCCUGUUUGUUACUACAGCCUAGCCUAACUUAAGAAAUCCAUUGCUAAACCACACUAAUCCUGGCUGUGACAUCUCUAAGGUCAGGGACCAUGUCUGUCCAGUUAUUUCAUGGAUCCUCAACACAUAGCCCAGGACAUAGCAUGCAGUAGGUACUUAAUACAAUUUCUUGACAAUGCUAGCUGGGUUUUAUUGAGCAUGUUUUAUGUGCCAGACACUGUGCUAGAUCUUUUAUAUAUUGUGCAUUAUUUCAUUUCAUGUAAUGACAACUCUAUAAGGAAGGUUCCACUAUUAUACUUUGUUCCUGGUGAGAAGACUGAGGGUUGGAAAGCUUAUAGCUGGUAUUUGAAAUGAGGCAGGGUAACUCCAAAACACACAUUCUGAAACACUGGUACAUGACCACAUGCAUACUCAUUUUAGCAUUUUAACUACUGUAUCUUCUCCCACCAAGAAUGCUCUCAACCCCUCCUCUGCAUUUGUUGAAGCCUGCCUUCUGCAUCCUUCCUAGCACCCAUACAAUCACUCUAUCCUUUAAUUAGUCCGACACAAAUUUCAUCUAUAUCAUUACUACAACAGGGAUUCCAUGUAUUUGUCUGCUUCUAGAAAGAAGUUAUCUUGAGGGUAGCACAAUAUCUUAGACAUUAUUUAUCUGGGUGUUCCUUAAAACAUAGGAGAAGAUGGAGAACCUGCCAUGUGCCAGGCACCCUAGGCACUAAGGACUAAACUGUAAAUAGGACAAUCUUUUUUCUUUUGAAAAGCUCUAUUCUUGUGGGAGUAAACAGACAUGAAAAACGAAUCACAGCACAAUGUAAUCUCUGCAUUAAUAGACGCAGAAGAAGAGCGGGGAACCAGUUCUUUCUGGAGGAGGAAAGAAAGGACUCCCAGAGCAGGUGACCUGUAUCUGAGCUUCUCAAGAGUGAGUAGAAGUUCUCCAGUUGUUUAAGAGGAAUCUUAAUUGUGGGAAAAGCAUGUACAAAAGUGUGGAUACAUUAAGAUGCAGGAGUUCUUCUGGAUGGAUGAGGUGUUGGCUUGCUAAAAUGUAGGAUUCCUUCAUUGAUUCAUCAAUGUAUUCGACAGCUACUGAGUAAACCUAGAAUGUGGUAGGGAUUGCACUAAAUGUAAAGGAUUCAAAAGUGAGCAAAACAGAUAUAUGAUCCCUACCCUUGUGGAGCUUAGAAUCCAGCAGGGAUGGCAGUUGACUACAAAGCUCUAGCAAUCCUAUGUGAGAGGAAAGGAAGAAGGGAUAGCCCACAUGUAAGUGAGAAGUUGGAGAAGUGGGCUGGUCCAGAUUGCAAGAGACCUUUGACGCCAUUCUAGGGAGAAAGAAAUCCUUCGUCAAUCUAUCACCACAUCCUGCCUCUCCCACCUCCUUGAUAGCUGUCAAUUGUGUCCUCUCACCCCCACUAUUCUCAGCAUAGGUCAUCAUCUCUUCCUUGAAUGAAUGUGAUAGUCUUCUAAAAGGCUUUCUUGCCUUUCAUCCCCCACCCCCACCCAUUGUCCUCAAUGCAAACAGACUGAUCUUUAAAAAAUCAAAAUCUGUUCAUGUUAUGCCCUAUGGUAGGCAGAAUUCUAAGACAGCCCCAUAAUCUCCAUCUCCCUGGGGGUGACUUUGGUGAUUAUAUUACAGUACACAGCAAAAGGGGUUUUUCAGAUAUAGUUAAGGUUAUUAAUCAGUCAACCUUAAGACAGAGAAAUUAUCCAGGUGGGUUUGACUAAUCAAGCACUUUAAAAGCAGAGCGUUUUCUCUAGCUAGUGGCAGAAGAGGAUGGUAGAUUGAUUAAAAGCAAAGGAGGACUGGAGGGAUUUGACAUGUGGUUGCUGACUUUUAAGUUGCAGGGAGGGGGGUGGAUAUCCUAUAGAAAGGAUCUGAGAGAGUCCUGUAGGAGCUGAGAGUGACCCUGGAGGACAGCCAACAGGAGAAUGGGGACCUCAGACCUACAACUGAGAGGAACCAGAUCAUGCAAACAACCUGAAUGGAUUUGGAAGUGGGUAUUCCCCCAGAGCCUUCAGACAGGAACUUGAACCAGCCUAUACCUUGCCUUUUGCCUGGGACAUCCUGAGCAAAGUAUGCAGCAGCCAUGCCAACUUGGACUUGUGAUCUACAGAACAGUAAAGUAAUAGAUGGGUGUUGUUUUAAGUCACUAAGUUUGUGAUAAUUUGUUACACAGCAAUAGAAAACUAAUAUACCUCCCAGCUUUCCAAUCCCCCAAUAAAACUAUUGGGGAUUUACCAGGCCCAGGCAGUUAAUCCUUACACCAGUUCUAUUAGGGAGGUAUUUUUUUAUUAUCAACAUUUCACAGAUAAGAAAACUGAAGCUCAGAGAGAUUAAUACUUUUCCUAAGGUUAUAGAGCUAGUAAGUGCUGCUGAGAUUUUUACUUGACUGUUCUGACUCCAGAUUUGCACCCUAUGGGUUCUCACUGUCUUUAUGACAAAUCCAAAUACAUAAGCAUGGAAUUAAAGGCCCUUCCUGAUCCUGUUCCUGUUCAAUCAUUCAACCUCAAUUUUAGACACUCCUCUCAAAUUCCUGACAGCCCCAGUAACUAACAUGCUCUUGAUUCCUGACUGCACUACAAUUCCUUCUAGAAUACUGCUUGUCCCUCCCCUCCAUCUACUUUCCUUUUGGCAGACUCUAAUGGUCCUUUGGGUCUUGCUUAAGACACCUCCUCUGGGGGAAAGCCUUCCUUGCCCCUCCAAGAUGGGUUGGAUGCCACUCCAGGUUCCCCCAAAACCUCAUGCUCUCCCUUAUCAGAGGACACAAGACAUUGUGUUGGAAAUGUUUACUUGGCUGUACUCUCCCACUAAAUUGUGAACUCCUUGCAAGCCAGAACUGGCGAUUCAUUCAUUGUCAAAGCCCUAGCGAUAGGACCUGGAGCACAGUAGGUACUCAAUAAACAUUUGCUGAGUGAAUCAUUGAAUGAACAAAAGUGCUUUAGCCAAGAGGCAAUGGGGAGCCAUCCAAGGUCUUGAAGAAAGGGAGUGAGCUUAUUAUUAGACCUGUGCUCACAAGGACAAGCUAAGUGCAAGGCUUGCACGCAAUAGACUAUCCUCAUCAGCAGUUAAGGAUGAAACAAUUUCACUUGCAUUGUGGCCUUGGGUUUCUUGCGCUGUAAAGCUUGGCUGUUAUCUCUUCUGGACCACGUCUGAAUAUUAGAAAAUGCCAGAAGCCUUCACGGUUUCCCCUUAUGGAUGUGGAAAGCAUAAAAAUAGCUUGUGACUCGGGUCUGGGCCCUGAACUCCCACUAGAAUGAGAAGCCCCUCUCCCAAGAAGGCUGUGGGAAGCUGAGGUGAAGAUGACGUGGAGACCCACUUACGUGACACUACAGAAAACCGGCAGCCGCCUCUGAACGUCUGUCCCCCUCCAGCCCAGACCGUUCCAUGCCUGCACUUGCUCCCGGAGCACAUUGCUGAAUCUUGUUCUCCUUAGAUAUGCAAAUACUGCUUCCUGUCGAGGAAGACUGGGAGGCCUUCCGCGUUAGAGGCAGCUCUUCAUAGCGCUAGCUGGACGUGGAAUGUGAUUAGAGCGUCUCCAUUGGAGACCGCUGAGUGCCUCGGUUUCCCUGUCUGUGCAAAGUGCACUCCCCAGGCACCGCUGCCUUGAGGGACCAGGAAAUGCGUCUGGAGGCGCCAGGAAAGAUGAGAAGAUAAAAGUCAAGAUGCGUCCGGCUAGCUAUAGACACAAGGAGAAGAGCCAGUAGGCCAAGGGAGACGCACAGCCGAUCCGUGCCGAGGCGCGGGCUCCACUCCCUGAAGUGGAGGGGCCCUUGAAUCUUCCCUUGCGUAGGCGCGCGGCAGAGCAGCGAUUUGGCGAAAAAGGCCCAGACUCAGGAUGCCCGCAACGCGAGCGAGGGGCGGACGGGGCGCACGCCGCGCGGCAAGGCUGCAAGGGGCGGGCCUGGGCCCUGAGCCUCCUGUACUUCCAGCCACAGCUCUGGGCGCUGGGGGCGGGAAGGGGUGGAGCCACGUGGGGAGGAGCAAAACCCGGAGGUCCCGGGCACCUUGGGUAGAGCCAGAGCGGCGGGAGCCGGUCCCGGGCGCGUUGCCCCGGGAGCGCCCGUCGUCCGGGCAGAGCGCAGCCACAACCGCGACCACAGCCGCAGUCGCUUUCCAGCCUGCCUUCGGUGCGCAGUGGGGAAGCAGGGCUAGUGCAGCCGCAGGAGGGGGCACGGGCUCCUCUCCCAUCCCAGAGCUACUGGGCUGCCCUUGCUGUCCUUUCUGCCCCAGCAGAGCCCGGCCGGACCUGCCACCUGCGCCCUGGUUGCACCAUGGAUCCUUCGGAAAAGAAGAUAUCCGUGUGGAUCUGCCAGGAAGAGAAGCUGGUGUCCGGUCUCUCCCGCCGCACUACUUGCUCGGACGUUGUGCGAGUGCUUUUGGAGGACGGCUGCCGGCGGCGACGGAGACAGCGGCGGAGCCGGCGGCGGGGGUCGGCCGGCGACCCGCCUGGCCCGGGAGAGCUUCCCGAACCUCCAGACGAGGACGACGAGGACGACGACGAGGCGCUGCCGCAGGGCAUGCUGUGGGGGCCCCCGCAGUGCUAUUGCAUCGUGGAGAAGUGGCGCGGCUUUGAGCGCAUCCUCCCUAACAAGACUCGCAUCUUGCGCCUCUGGGCUGCCUGGGGCGAAGAGCAAGAGAAUGUGCGCUUCGUGCUAGUGCGCAGCGAGGCAUCGCUGCCUAACGCCGGCCCCCGCAGCGCCGAGGCGCGCGUAGUGCUCAGCCGAGAGCGCCCCUGUCCGGCCCGCGGGGCCCCCGCGCGGCCCAGCCUGGCCAUGACCCAGGAGAAACAGCGGCGAGUGGUGCGCAAGGCCUUUCGCAAACUGGCCAAGCUCAACCGGCGGCGCCAGCAGCAGCCACCGUCGUCCUGUUCGUCCACUUCGUCGUCCACUGCCUCGUCCUGCUCUUCGUCGCCGCGGGCCCACGAGAGCGCGUCGGUGGAGCGCAUGGAGACGCUGGUGCAUCUGGUGCUCUCCCAGGACCACACCAUUCGCCAGCAGGUGCAGCGGCUCCACGAGCUGGACCGCGAGAUCGACCGCUACGAGGCCAAGGUGCACCUGGACCGCAUGCGGCGUCACGGGGUCAACUACGUGCAGGACACUUACUUGGUUGGGGCAGGCAUCGAGCUCGACGGGUCUAGCCCAGGAGAGGAGCCAGAAGAGGUGGCGGCGGAGGCAGAGGCGGCGGCGGCGGCGCCGCCCCCUCUAGACGGCGAGGCGCAGGCGGCGGCGCUGGAGGAGCUGGCCCGGCGCUGCGACGACUUACUGAGGCUUCAGGAGCAACGGGUUCAGCAGGAGGAGUUGCUGGAGCGCCUUUCAGCCGAGAUUCAGGAGGAACUCAACCAGCGGUGGAUGCGGCGGCGCCAGGAGGAGCUGGCGGCGCGGGAGGAGCCCCUGGAGCCCGAUGGCGGCCCCGAGGGCGAGCUGCUGCUGGAGCAGGAACGAGUCAGGACGCAGCUCAGUACUAGCCUUUACAUCGGGCUCCGGCUCAACACGGACCUGGAGGCCGUCAAGUCGGACUUGGAUUACAGCCAGCAGCAAUGGGACAGCAAGGAGCGCGAGCUACAGGGCCUUCUGCAAACUUUGCACACUUUGGAGCUGACAGUGGCGCCGGAUGGGGCUCCUGGCUCUGGCGGUCCCUCGCGGGAACCCGGGCCUCAAGCCUGCGCCGACAUGUGGGUGGACCAGGCCCGUGGACUGGCCAAGAGCGGUCCUGGCAACGACGAAGACUCGGAUACGGGGCUGAGCUCUAUGCAUAGCCAAGACUCGGACUCCGUGCCUAUGUGCGAAUCCCUUGUCUAGGGGUAGCGGGGGAGAGGGGGAAACAGGGAUCUCUUUUUUCUUGCAGAAUGCAGUGGGCCGGCCGGCUCAGGGACUUGAAACCAGGCUGUUGGGCCGGGGGAGGGCUUAGGACGCCGGCCCAGCCUCGCGCUCAUCUGGCUCCGGGGUGAGUGCGGAGGAGGGUGGGGGACGAAGAAGUAGGGUCCCCAGUACAAGUUCUUUAAAGAGAGGGAAGGAGGGAGGAGGCGAGAACCACCUAUAUUGGAAAACAAACACCCCAAGGAAAUUGACGUGGUCCCAGCCCAUUUUCAAAGUAAGGAAGUAUUAUGGAGAUUUCACUACUCUUCUGUAUGGGAAGGACUGAUGGCAGCUAGAACUUUAGUGUGUGGUAUGAAGUGCUUUUAAAAGAAACACUUGGAUGAAAAGGAAAUUCCUUGAAUGUUAAUUGUGACUGUAAACGUGUUAAAACUAGCCAAAGAGGACACACUGGUGUCGGUCUCAGCCUUUCUUACAUCUUUGAUAAAACCCAUAGGCACCAAAAUCCUGGCUGUUUACAUUUCUGCAGAUUUGGGAAUUACCCAUCUGCUAAAUCAUUUGUCUUUUAUUUUCUUUCAAAGGCUAAACUGUAUCGAAGUCUAACUCUGUAUUUCCUCCUAGUAAACAGAGUAGAUGUUAACAGGGAAUUCUUUUCCCAAAAUAACCUUUUAUUAUUACAAAAGCCAAACAUAAUCAUUUGAGAUAUAAAAUCCUGGCAAACAUAAUCCUGGUUAAAAUUUAAUUUAGGCCCUUUGGGGUCUGUCCCUGCAAAGGCAGGUGUGUUGUCCUUUAAUUCAUAUUGCCACUUCAUUGACUCAAUCACUGUUAUUUCAGAAAAAAAUAAAAGGAAGUGGCAGAAUUCAAGUUAUGCACAACAAAACUUACUGUUUAACAAGCACUCUUUGAAAGCAAAGGUAUGUUAGUGUUCAGCUUUUAAAUUGAGCUAUGUGAUUAAAACCAACCAUGACCUCAACG